AUGUUGGAGGCGGUUGAGAAGUUUGAGAAGGCUUUCAGGCAGAUAGAGAGUGAGGAUUAUAAUUUCCUCUCUUACUUUGAUGAUGGGCACAUGGGACCUCCUAAAACUACGGAGUGGGAGAUAGUGUGGGUGUUUGUCAAGUUUUUUGAGAUGUUUUAUGAAGCCACUACUAGAUUUUCUGGAUCUUUAUAUGUGACAGCCAACACUAGUUUUUUAGAGAUUUGUGAUCUCCAAACUGAAUUGAUUAUGCUGAGCGAGAAUAGUAUUGGGGGUCCACGAAGCAAGUUAGGGCUUCUUACUUUUCAUUUGAAGAAAAUCCAUGAUGAGUUUCGUGCUGAGGAGUUGGUUUCAAAUGUGAGACAACUAUUAACAGAUUUGUAUGCAGAGUAUAAUGCUACAUUCGAUUCCACCAUGAGUACACCAGUUUCUCAACCCCUUCCAACAUCUAGAUCCAUGAAUGAAGGAGAUGGCAAACGUGAGACCAAAUGGUUCCAGGAGUGGUAUAGGGCAUCUUCCGCCAUGGGACCUAGUAUUACCAAAAUUGAAGUGGAUCGAUAUUUAUCAUAUGGUUGUGAGGCACUCAGCGCAUCGUUUCACUUGUUGACUUAG